AAGUUUUGUAAUAAAUCUUUAGCAUUACAUUUGUAUUGGUUGGUAUAUACCGUCCAUUAUGCCGACGUCCCGUAGAAGAAAGAAUGGAAUAAUUAAAAAGCAAGCUAAAAACAGACGACAAUCCAAUGCAGAUAUCAUAGAAGCCGUGACGAACUGUUUACAAGCUUACAAGAGCAUUUACAUCCUCAACUUUGACUGUAUCAGAAGUUCCAUAAUGAAGGAACUUAGAAACAACUGGAAAGACUCUCGUUUCUUUUUUGGUAAGAACAAAGUAAUGAGAUAUGUUUUGGGAAAAACAGAAGAGGAAGAACCCUACAAAGGACUGCAUCAAUUGGCUCCCUUUCUGUCGGGAAAUAUAGGAGUUUUGUUUACGAGUAGAACAAGAGAUCAAGUCCACGACUUUUUUGACAAUUUUAUUGUAAACGAAUAUCCAAGAAUAGGCUCAAGGGCACCUCGAGAUGUGGUAUUGAACGCGGGUCCUGUGGAUAUUCCCGUAGAGCUGGAGCCACGAUUGCGGGAGCUCGGAUUACCUAUUCAAGUACAGAACAACGAGAUAUUUUUGACGAGUGAUGUCCCACUUUUCCAAGAAAAUAGUGUUAUCAGUAGAGAGAGUGCGAAAAUUUUAGAAACGUUGUGUAUGCCCAUACUGGAAGCACGAGUCGAGAUUGUCGCUGAAUGGGACUCGGAAUUCGGUUUUUCAGCCAAUGAACGAUAGUGCAGUCGUCUUUUUAUCAUUUACAAUAUUUACAUAAGAGUAAUUUGAAAGUUUUUGAAGUAUACCUCAAAUUAUAUCAAUAUCCUCAUAUGAUAGUCACAUGUUUGUGGCAUUUCGUAUCAGUUUGUUGUUUACUAUUAUAAGUUGGUUUUGAGAUGACAAUAAAUUCUUGAAUGAUACAAUAACUAACCGCAAGAGUCUCAUAUAGUUUAGGACUUGGAUUCCCACCAUUUUAGACUCAAACAACUUGUCUCUGUGCCGACCCACUUGUCGUUCUUAAUACUUUAGAUAAAUUGUAUCUAGCCAAACAGGAAGACUAGAUUCAACUGAUAAUAGACAAUAAUUUUUUAUAAACGACAGCAAUCAACUAAUAUAUAUAUAUAUAUACAUAUACAUUCCUGAAACUGCCUUUAUGUUUCAAUUU